AUGGUUUCCUUCCUGCUCUUCACUUCCUUAACUAUUCUCUCCAUUGCUAGAGCUCAAGAUAGAGCUCCUCAUGGGGUCGCUAAUGAAAACCCCAUAGCUUUUCCACCAUCAGCAUAUGAUUUCUUCCAUCCAAACACUCAAAACCCCAAUACCAAAGAGCCUUGUUACCUGUCCAAUUGCUCGCCCUUGCCUAUGGCAGCACAAGUAGUUGAAGCCACUCCAGCACAUGAGAGCAGAGCAUCCACUUCCCAGCAUGGCAGGAGCCGAGUUGGAGCUGGUGGGAUUGCUGGCAUUGUGUUCGGCUUUGUUUUUGCUGUGCUUUUGGCAAUGGGUGCAUACUAUGUAGUGAUCACGCGUCGAGCCAAUACAAGUCGGACCAAUUCUGUUCAACCUGAUGCUUAA